AUGCGCGAGGGAAAGUCAAUAUGUGAAGACGCCGACCAGGACUUCAUCUCUCGUGGUCUUUUCACCCUGCUUGAAUGCGAAGAGCUCCUGGCAAAAUUCCGGGCUCACAAAAUGCCCCAAUUUCCCUUUGUGGUCGUUUCUGCACAGCUUGGCGUCCCAAGGCUUCGCCAGGAAUAUCCGUUUCUCCUACUGUGCAUUGUUACCGCCUCCCUCGAGCACAAACCAUCUUUACAACGUGUCAUGGAACAUGAAGUCAGAAAAGUCAUUGCCACCCGCUUGAUCAUCAAUAUGGAGAGAAACAUGGACCUACUCCUUGGGCUAAUGGUUCACAUUGCCUGGUAUCACUAUCAUUGGCGCACGUAUCAUACUCAGGUUAACAUGUUGCUGCAAAUGGGUAUCAUGGUCGUCGUUGCUCUUGGAUUGGACAGAGAUGGGAACUUGCGGAUGCAGACCAUCCCGUUUGAUAGAAAGGAUAUCGAUCAGACAGAGGCGCAAGGGAACUACCGGACUCCUGCGGGACAGCGAGCUCUGCUAGGUUGCUAUUAUCUAUGUUUGAAGUCAUCCCUCUUUCGAAGACAGUUGGCCAUAAGACACACCGAAUGGAUUGAUUUAUGCACUACAAUGCUUGAGCAAAAGGCGGAGUAUCGCACAGAUAUUUUUCUCAGGACAUAUAUUGAUAUUCAAUCGCUUACCCAAAUAAGCCAUACUUUGCGUGAGGGGCGUACACCGGGCUCGGUUCAAGGCAUAAACUGGCAGCAUCUGUUUGGGUUGGCGGAAGUGCAGCAAAACCGGACAGAGGAACUUCUUCGUCAAUAUAAUUUACGGGAUAACUGGGCUUUGCGCAUGGAGAUGAGUGCAAUACCAGUGCUGGUUCUUGGACACGCUCUUGGACGACAGAAGGAUAUCUUCCAGAUUCGCAAAACACGGGAACUGAUAUCAUUGAUCUCAUACGCAUACAAUACUGUGACCAUAUUUCUUACGAUACCGUCUGCUGCUUUUGUCCACCUGCCCGCUUCGUCAUACAAUACUCUCCGGUACAGCCUGAUGGUCCUCUCCAAGCUAAGCGUGUUAUUCGGUUGGCAGCUCGGCAUCCCUGAAAUUAAGAAGGAUAACAUACACAGCGUCGCACUAGCUCUGCUACGGAAAUUUGGAGAUCUUUCUGCUGAAGACGAUGUCUGGGCAAACUGCAAAAAGGUUGUUGGGAGCAUGUUGCUAUGGUUGGAAAAUACAAGUGACCUGCAACAUGCAGAGCCUGGCCUAUCACAAAGCGUGGUAUACCGCAAUGAAGGUACUCAUGGUCAUCAUACUGAGCCUAGUUCAUGGCAAGGCCAAGUGCCUCGCAGCCAGGGCAGCAAUAGUGGAUCCCAUCAGCUGGAGCUAUCACUGGCCUCGCAGCAUAUCCCACAUGCGUCUGGCGAUGUACCAGAUGGUUGGAACGCAGAUAUCUGGGAACAGAUGCUUGAGGAGCUCGCCUGGCUAGGUCUGCCUGCUGAAACCCGGCUUCGUACGGGGUCUUUACCCUCAUUUUCGUGA